AUCGCCCUAAUGUGGACAACUAAAGCAAAAAAAACUAUCGUAAAGUGGACACGAUCGUAAUGUGGACAUUUUUCGUGUCCACGUAACGUUUGCGCUAAUUUCUAACCCUCUUUUGUUAACGCAGUCAUAAUGACAUCUAAUUGUCAUUCUUAAGGGCCUAACAGAGUACUAAUUAAGGUACUGUAUGCAUAUUUUUACGCAGCGCAAUUAUUAAAAAAUAGGCAUAUUGGAUUUGGGGUAUAUAUCUCUCUUUUGUAAUUUUCGUACAUUAGGUGGACACGAUAUAUAUCUUGCAAUUCUGAAGCAGCGGGAGGCUAUAUCUCGGUCGUUUUGAUGACGUGGUCUGUAACACAAAGGAGGCUCCUAAUUAUAUUGUUUUUAUGCAAAAUUAUGUCGGUAUAAAAGAUAUAUUGCAAUUUUAUUGGUUUGGCCUGCAAAAAUACCGCGAAAAUUUUCAGCACAUAUUCUCACCAGCCGGCAUGCCGUACAUCCAUAAUGGCACCUUUGUUUAUCAUGUGGAUUGUCCUGUGGGAACGAUAAAGUGUUAAUUAUUUUGUUUUUAUGGAAUUUCUCUGCCUUGUUUAUGUGAAUAAAGUAGAUGAGGUAAACCCUAUGUUAUAUUUCACCUCAAUGUGCAGAAACAAGUAAUAUAAUUUAUCUGAUUGCCAAGUUUCGCUCAGCUACUUUGCUAACUAGCCAGAAAAGAGUGGUUAGCUAGCUAAUGUACGUUUCUAUUUAUGUAGUCAAACAAGUAGCCACCAAUGUUAGUUAUCGAAAAAUCAAAAAAAUAUAUAAGUGGCUAAGCUUUAGCUAAGUAUCUGGCUACCUUUAGAUGGAUAUAUAUUGCUAUAUUUCCUAUGUUUUAGGGUUGUGUGAGCACUGAGAGUGGAUUUAAGCUAUCCAUUUUGUUAAAAAAAUGGCCAAGGUAGCUCAAGUUCAAUACAAUACUAGAACGAAAAGAAGUAGAGCUAAUGAUGUUAAAUCGCCAAGACAAACUGCACUAUAUUAUUGUAAAAGGGGAACUGAUCCAAAAUCAUUUGUAAAGAAAUGGAUUAAUGAUCACAUUGGAUAUGGUGUGUUUACAACAUUGCCCCUGAAACAUCACCAGUUUGUCCUGCAAUAUCCUGGAAAAGUUCUCACAAGAAAGGAAGGAGAGAGAUUAGAGCUAGAGUAUCCAACUUCCUGUGGAUCAUUUAUUUUCUUUAUGGACAAAAAGUGUGUUGAUGCUACAAAUGAGACCAGGCUGGGAAAAUAUGUGAACCAUUCAAGUCAUCGGAAAUAUUUGAAUUGUUAUCCAAAAUUGAUCGAGGAGGGUGGAAAUGCAUUCAUAUGUUUGUUUGCUUCCUAUGACAUUCCUUUAGGAACUGAACUGCGAUACAAUUAUGGAAUUUCAGGGCUAGAAUGGCAAAAGGAUCCAACACAUAAUAUACCAUUCAAUUUAGAAGACCUAGUUUCAGAUAGGCUAGUGUUGAGUAAGAACUUGACCUUGGUCCAAGGCAAGAAUAACUUGACCUCUGAUGUCAUUGCAAAAAAGAAGGAGGAUAAUGACGAAAAUGUGGGUAUCAUUACAGAUAUUCUCAAAAAAUUGCUUGAUGAUGUGGUGGCAACUCAGAUGGAAAAUAUGGUGCCAGAUUUUUCAGACAGUGAAGAUGAGGGACUAAAAUCAAGUGGCAACAUGUUAAUAAAUUUACUUCCCUUUAUGUCCAUGGUUGAAGAUUCUGAAGAGGCAGAAGAUAUUUCAGAGUUGGAUACUUUGAAUCAUAUUUCGUCUGUCACAGUUUCAACUCCGAUACAGACUAGAAAACUAUCAGUUCAGUAUAAGGCUUCAGGUGUGCAAACAAGUAUUGAUAAAGACAAUCUUGAGGUUGAUUUUACUACGGACAGUCCAUCCAUAUGUGAGAUUUCUGUGAAAAAUGAUUCCGGAUUAAAUGUUGAAGACGAUAUGGAAAUCAUUGAUACAGACGAGGAAGGAAAAGUGGAGAACAGUAUUGCUAUAGAGAAGAAAGAAACAUCUGUAAAGAAAAGCGCCAACGAGAAAGUGGGAAAAUCUGAGGAAAAAGAAGCCAAACAGAUAAACUCAAGACCAUUGAGACCCUGUUUUGUUUGCGAUAAAAAGAUCAAGCAUUCGAAAUUAAAUAGACACAUCACUUUAUGUCAUAAGCAUCAUCCAGAUGUAAAGGAUGCUUUGAACAUGCCUCGAAAAGAAAGACUGAGAGCCUUCGCUAACUUUCGAAAAAUUGGCAUAUAUAAUCAUAAUGUUAAAGAAAUUGAGGAGGGCGGUAGAAAUUUGUUGCGUGAAAAGCAAAACGAUUCAGAUGACCCACUUGUUAUGUGCACCACCUGCAAAGGAUUUUAUGCCAAAACCUUUAAAGCUAGGCACAAGGCAGACUGCUCAAAGAACUCCUGUCAAUUUCCUGUUACAAUUGCUCUGGAUUGUACUAGUGAUGAGUCAUGGAAGCUAUCGGAUGAUCAAUUUAAGCAGAGAAUUUUGAACAUCAUCAGAGACGAUGCCGUUGGUACUCUUGCCAAAUCGGAUCCCGUUAUUUUGAUGGUUGGUCAUCGCCUCUAUGGCAAAAUAAAAAGAAGACUAAACAAAAAGAUGGAAGUUGAACGGUCUGUUCGAAGCGACAUGCGUCGUCUGGCACAUGUUUAUUCCAGAUUUAAAGAUAGGGUGUUGGAAGUACCAAGAGAUUGUUGUAAUGACAAAAACAAUGCUGGUGACAUGUUUCUGAGGGAAAAUUUUGAGGUGCUGAAAUAUUCUAUUGAAUCCUACACUCAUUCUGAUUUGGAAGUUCAAAAGUCAGGACUUAAGGCAGCCUUGUACUACGUGUUGAAAGACGCCGCCGAAAAACUAAUUGGUUAUUACCUUGGUAAAAAUAAUGAUGUUGAUGCAGAAAAAAUUAAAAACUUUUUGGUAUUGCUGAAAUUACGCAAAGAUGAAAUAUUCGCUGACGCAACGUAUGAUUUAAACAUGAGAAGGAAUGUAAAAACUAAAAAACCUGCACAACUUCCAAACGAAGGCGAUGUCCAACUAAUUCGAGAUUAUGUGAUUGAAAGGAUACGCCACUUAUCAUCAGAUCCAUUUAUCAUCAUGGACAGACAUACGUUUGUUGAACUACGUGAUUGUGCUUGCACUCGUCUUGUGCUGUAUAAUGGCCGAAGAGGUGGAGAACCAUCGCGUCUAACCGUUACGCAGUGGAUUGAAGCUGAAAAGGAUGAAUGGUUAGACAAACAGCGGAUACAGGAUAUUGCAAAAGAAACUAACUUAAGCAGUGGGACAAAGAUCACAUUUCAAUCGGGAAAAGGAGUCAACCAUUUAGUUCCUGUUUUUAUUCCUAAAGAUACUGUUGCUGCAAUGAAGUUGUUGGCUAACGAGCAAGUAAGGAAAGAUGCUGGUGUCCUUGAAGAAAACUCAUACAUAUUUCCCAGUACCCAAGGUUCUGAUAAUCAUUGCUCUGGAUGGCAUAGCUUAGAUAAUGUUUGUGCAAAACUUCCAAUUGCCAACAGAGAAAGAAUUAGUGGUACAAGUAACCGACAUCGCCUUAGUACCUUAAUUGCUGGUUUAGGUCUAUCAGAGUCCGAUAUGAGUUUGGCCUAUGAUCAUUUUGGGCACAGUGAGAGAAUUAACAAAACGAUAUACCAAGCACCAGCUGCUCAUCGACAACUAUUGUCAACUGGGAAACAUCUAUCUGUCCUUGAUAAUGCGCAAAGUAUAAAGAAUGACAAUAACUUCGAGAAAAAGGGUCCUAACUUAGUUGAAGAAAAUGAAAAAAAAUUUAGAGAUGAAAAUGCUGAAAAAGACACAAGUAAAGCGAACACUGUAAAAUUACCGAAUAAAAAGAAAAUGAAGAAAAGUGUACAAGUGGGAGAAAAAAGACAAACUCAUCGAAACGAUACAUUUAAAAAAGAGAAAACUUGCGCACCCACGAGAAAGUAUGCACUUAGAAAAGAAAAGAACGUUUCUCAAAAAACAUCUGAAGAAUCCAAACAUUUUACAAAUGUGAACGAUGAUGAACCUUCUGAAUGGUCUGAAUCAAGUGAAGAUAGCGAACUCGAGAAUUCUGUAAAAUGCACUGGUCAACAAGAAAGAAAAUACAUUCAAUGGUCGUCAGAGCAAGAGGAUAAACUAUACAAAAAAUUUGCAAGACAUAUAAAAAAUAAAAAAAAUGGAUGGCCUUGCUCUGAUGAUCUGAAAAAAUUCGCCAACGAGGAAGGAAUUACUGUUGGAACUGUUCGAAAUAAAAUUAACAAUGAAAGAGGAAAAAUAGCACGACAAGCGGAAGCGAAAAAAAAGAAAAUAAACAUUGUUUAAUUGUGAUAGAGCUUUGGUUUCUUUUAUUUUUAUUAUUUUUACGUUACCAUAAAAGUACAUGUUUAUAAUUAUUUAUUAUGUUUACAAAAGUACAUUUAUAAAAACAUGUACACUAUACAUGUUUUUAUAAAUAAUGUGACAGCUUUUAUCAUCAUCAAAUUUUCUUGAGUAUACUCUAAAAAAUUCAAGUCUAAACAACACAUCACUCCGUCACCCCUUAGACGGGGAGAAAGGCAAGAAAAAGUGUUAAAGUCACGAGGAUAAUUUCUAUACAGGUUUCAAUCAUGUUUUAACAAUCAAAAUGUAUGAUCAACGAUAAUUUAAUUCAACUCUCCCCCCUCUCCCAUGAAAAAUAUUUUGAACUGUGUGGUUUUCAUAACUGUAUGUGAUAAGAAAACUGGCUCUCAUAAGUGAAGUAUAUCUUUUAAGGGGAUUAAUUUUCGCGGGUAUUAAGUUUCGCGGUUUUUUCGGAGUUUUUCCAAAAACGCGAAAAUACGUCGCCGCGAAAAGUUUAAAUAUCCCUGAUCUGGGAAAUUUCCAAAUCGGCCUGAUACAAAAGACAAUGAUGUAUAACUUUCUCUGGGACAUUUUCCUUUCUCUUCUGUAUGUUGUUUCGAAAUAACUCACCGGAAUAGUUGUUUUUCCAAAUUUGCAUAAUUCGCAAAAAUAAGUUACCGCGAAAUUUUCUUCAACACUAAAUUUGUGAAAAUAAAUUCCCUUUUUUCCCGCCAAAUUCUAGUAAAAAAAAAUUCUGCGAAAAUAAGUCCCCGCGAAAAUUAAUUCCCUGAAGGUAUCUUGUUUACACAGUUAUUUCUCGUUUAUUCGUGAUAUAGUUCGUACAAGGUGAUACAUUUAGGAAGGUUUAAGGCGUUAAACAGAUUAUCAUUUAGCGUACGUUUCUUGAUUUCUCAGUCCUUCCUUACGCAGCCCCAUUAUAUAACUAGUGUCAAAUGAGAAAAAGGAAAAGGAAGUUAAUUUCUGUGGAAUUAGUAAGAUAUAACUGCUUGGUUAUCCAGGUUCGUUUAUUUAAAUUCGAAGAAGCAGCAAAUGAUUAAUCGUUUUUUGUUUUUUUGUUUGCAUAUAAAAAUGUAUGAAAAUACUGAAUUUUAUGUGUUUACCCUUUUUUUUCAUUUUUACCCUUGUUCUGUUGUUUUUAAUAACGCAUAUUAUAGAUUUAGGUGUUCUUCUUUCUUUUUUGAUUUUUGUUAUGUUCAAAGGAGUCUAUUACUACGCAUGUCAUGUGUUUGGAAGUUUCAGGAAUACACUUUUAUUUUGA